GCAAUGGACAGUUAGCACUGAAACCUCCCUCCCCCAGAAAUGUUCCAGUAUUCCAGCACUACUCCAAAACUUGGGAAAAUGGGCUGGAACAUUUCCUGCGUGUUGCAGAUUCCCUCCUUUGCUGAAUGUUAAGCCCCUACCUUCAAUUCUACCUCCGGUUUCUGAGGUUUGGCAGGAGUUGGAACUUUCCAAGUGGACUUGAACUUUCCGAGGGAACUCGAACUUUCCGAGGGGACAGGAACUUUCCGAGUGGACUUGAACUUUCCGAGUGGACUUGAACUUUCCGAGUAGACUGGAACUUUCCGAGUGGACUUGAACUUUCCGAGGGAACUCGAACUUUCCGAGUGGACAGGAAUUUUCUGAGUGGACUUGAACUUUCCGAGUGGACUGGAACUUUCCGAGUGGACUGGAACUUUCCGAGUGGACUGGAACUUUCCGAGGGAACUCGAACUUUCCGAGGGAACUCGAACUUUCCGAGGGGACAGGAACUUUCUGAGUGGACUGGAACUUUCCGAGUAGACUGGAACUUUCCGAGUAGACUGGAACUUUCCGAGUGGACUUGAAUUUUCCGAGGGAACUCGAACUUUCCGAGGGGACAGGAACUUUCUGAGUGGACUGGAACUUUCCGAGGGGCUGGAACACUGAUAUCACAGGGGAUCACAGCCUUUACUGCCCGGCUACAGGACAUCUUUCUCUCUCUCUGAUCUCCUCGCGUUGAGAGACACCGCGGCUCCAAAAUGCAGAGCAAGCAACGACUCCAGAGCGCGUCCGUCAGGAACAUGACCGGCAUUUACCUGGGAACGGCAGGCUCUCCCACGAGCUUCAGUCACAUCCCUGCAGUCCCACCUGUCUUCCGCAGGCGAUGCCUCUCCCGAGCGAAGACCUCGGUGGAACAUCAGCGCUAUAAAAGAAUUGAGAUGUUGCGAGUGGUGGACUGUCAUCUGGGCUUCAAAGGUGCCCUGGUCCAGCCAAAGGUGAUGUCUCUCAGCCCGACGAUGAAACCACAUCUGCACCAUCACGAUAAGUCACCUCCCCUAACUGCAGAGAAGCUGAGAAAUCUGACAAGGAAAGUCCUGAAAGAUUAUGGAAUUCCAGGACAAAACAACAGAGACAUAUCUGGAAGAAGAAGCAGAAUUUCUUGCUUCUUAAAUAGCCUGAAGACACCCCAAGACAGCAGCCGCCAGUCCAACAUCCCAGAAUUGUCAGUUGCUGUGAAUACUGGCAGGACCGCUGAUCCAUUCAGGGUCACAUUAGCACAACAGGAGCUGAUAAGGACCAGAGCAGGUCACCAAAAUGUCUGUGAGAGUGCAGUUCAUUUACAGCCUGAAAGAAGCAAUCUCACCAGGCAACCGAAACGCAGUGGGACUCAGCAUCCACCUUUGAAGUACCUUCAGAGCUCUCAGGCGUUUACAAGGACAGAAGAGCUCGACAGAGAUGGAAAGGCUCAUUCGCAGAGCAGCAGCCGGGGAAGAUUGAUUCUUCAGUCAACAUCUGUCAGGGGGAGAGCAGCGCUGCAUCCUCGCAAGUCUAUUCCUCUGGGACGAGGCCACUUGGCAGGCAAAUGGGGACACACUGAGAGUGGUUUCCCUGAAUAUCUAACACCGAGACUCAAUGUAACUUUGGGCCACAAUCUAAUUUCCAAGACAUUGGAGCUGAAACAGAGAACUGCUGGCAAUGACAACACUAAACAGGUGCCCAUCAGAACUGAAUCUAAUGAUGGUCGUGGGACAUGUGGAUCAGGCAGGACGGAUACAUUGAAAAGCAAAGCUGCACCCUCAGUGAAAGUAUGCACUCCGUUCAACUCAAAAACAAAGAUGUCUGUCCACUCCAAAAUAAAUACUCGAAGCACUGGCACCGGCAAACACAGAGUGACAGAUAAAUGUGAAGAUAAGAGCCAAGAAUCUUUAGAGGAAGAGAACUCCAAAGAUUUGGUGGCUGAGCCAAGCAACUUGAAGGAGGUAGAAGAUUCUGGAUUGUCCAAUUUCAAUGCUGUUGAAGAAGAUGAAGAGACUCUAGAAAUGGACAGCACUGUGCAUCUCGCAAAACAAAUUGAGGUUAUCAUCCAUUUGAGGCCAAAGUUGGACAGUAGCGCAGAGUACUGUACUGAGAAAGACCUGGAGCAAAUCAAUUCAGACGGAGCUUGUACGUGAACAAAAGGAACAUCUUUCCUCCAUAAGUACAGGACUGUUGCAAAUCAAUUACAAGAUCAGGCUUGUUUAUUUGCUUAAUUUUCUCCACAUGAAGCAGGGAAACGGCACUUUGAUCAUUAUUUGCCUGAUAAAAGCAUAUUUUUGUAUUUGAGCUUGUAAGCUGAAGAAAUGCCAGUGAUGAAUAUCUUUUGACAUUUUUCUGUUGAUGAUGAAUGAUAACUGUUGAAAGCGAAUCUCAAUUUAAUUACUGUAGUGCCUUCCUCACAGGGUAAGGACGGAAAAACCGUGUUAAAAUAUAUCUCAUAAUUGUUUUGAUUUGGUUGUGAAAUCCACUUGUUAAAGACAUUGUAAUUCUGUUCAACUGAAGAGAUAGCAAAUACAAAAUUGUAUCUAUAUAGCACCUUAAAUACGGUUUAAAAAGUUCCAAGGUUCUGCUCAAGACCAAACACAGACUGAGACUGAGAUACAUGUGAGGAGAUAUUUGGACAGACAACUAAAAGCUUUCUGAUACAUUCAUUUGUGGGAUGUUGGCAUUGCUGACUUUGUCAGUGAAAUAGGCUUUGGAACUCCCCUGAAGUGGGCACAGAGGUAGAGAGGCUUCAGGGAGAGAACUUGAGAGAUUUGGGCCCAAAACAUCGGAAGGCAUGAUCGCCAGGAGGGAACAUUUAAAAAUGAUAGUGUGCAAAAGGCCAGAAUUGGAGGAAGAAGAGGUUGUCAAUGGUUGGCAAACGACGCAGAACAUAAGAGAUAGAGAUGAUGCAGGGCUAUAGACGAAUCUGAAAACAAGGAUGUGUGCAAUGAUAACAACCGAAAGAACUGCUGAUGCUGGAAAUCAGAAAAAAACAGGAGUUGCUGGAAAAGCUCAGCAGGCCUGGCAGCACAUUUGGGGGAAGAAAAGAAGUUAAUGUUUUGAGUCCAACAUGACUUUUCUUCAGAACUGAAAAGGACUGGAAAAUAUUAUUUUUAUGCUAUGAACAGAGGGCUAGGAAGAACGAGUGAACAGAUUGCGCAGGUGCCCAGAGUAAGGGAGUGCUUAUUAGUGGUAAAGGAGGGAUAGAAAUGUUAAGUAAAUGUGAAGAAGAGAAAAUGAGCCCACCCUGUAGGAAGUAAAGUCAACAAAGACAUAUACAAACAAGACAUGCUGGGAUGGGAGUGGGGUUAUUAUAAUCAACGUGGAGGACAGAGGUCAUACACCGAACUUGUCCCUCUCCAGUUGGUGAUGCAGGUAGAGGGUUAUUGUCGUUGGUCAAUGGGAAGGGUGGAGUGGGUAGGUGAGUUGGAAGAUUGACAGGUUGCGGGUGGAGAGAUUUUGAAGCUGCUAAACCAAUAUUCAAGCCGUUGGGCUAUAAGCUCCCAAGGCGAAAUAUGAGGUGUUUUUCCUCCAGCUUAUGUUGGCUUUGUUCUGAAAGUGGAGGAGGCUAAGGAUGGACAUGUCACCAGGGGAGGGUUAAAGUGGAUGGCUACUGGAAGGUCAGGUUGGUUGGUGCAUGCAGAGCACAGAUGCUCUGUGGACCAGUCCCUGAGUCUGCGUUUGAUCUCCCCAGCAUAGAGGAGACCACAUUGGGAGAAAAAGAUACAGUAGAUGAAGUGCAGAUGAAUCUCUGCUGGAUCUGGAAGGAUUGUUUGGGGCCUUGGACGGAGGUGACAGGGGAGUUGUAAGGGCAGGUGUAGCACUUCCUGUGGGUUGCAGGGAAAAGUGCCAUGUGCGGUAGGGCAGUAGGUGGGGAGUGUGGAGCAGACAAGGGAGUCACGAGGCCAAACCUAAAUUGGAGGAACAACACCUCAUAUUUCGCCUUGGGAGCUUAUAGCCCCAAUGGCCUGACUUCACCAGCUUCAAAAUCUCUCCACCGCAAACCUGUCCAUCUUCCGACUCACCCUUCCUGACCAACCACAAUAACCCCCUACCUGCAUCUACCUAUCUCCAUCUCACUUACCCUCCCCCAAGUCUCGCCUACCUCCCUCCAUUUUUUUCUGGGCCCCCCUCCCUCUCCCCAGUUCUGCUGAAGGGUUUCGGCCUAAAACAUUGACUUCCCUUGCUCCUUGGAUGCUGUCUGACCUGCUGUGCUUUUCCAGCUCCACAUUUAUUGACUCCAGCUUCCAGCAUCUGCAGUCCUUACUGUCUCCGAAUCAUAAUGUUAGUUUAUUUGAAAUUAUUGAAACUUCACUUCACAGUUAAGUGCCUUGAAGAUCUAUGGAUGUGCAUAGAAAAUACAGUAUGAACAUUGACACAUAUUUUUGACCUUUUAUCUUAGAUGAGUGCUUCUCAGAGCAAUCAUGCCUAAAGAUGAAGAGUGUCAGCAAUUGUAAAGGUGUCCCUGUUUCUGAACAAUCACAUUCUAUUCAGUUAAACUGUGUCAGCCUUCCUGCUCCUCUGAUGCCGCUUGGCCUGCUGUGUUCAUCCAGCUCUGCACCUUGUUAUCUCAUGUCAACCUCCUCUCUCAUUAACUAAAGUAGCUGUGACAGUUUUCUGCAGCUUUGUGGUUAUGAACACGUGUUCCAGAUUUCCACACUCCACUUAGACUUAUAGAUUUUCAUCAAUUCCCGCAUCAGCCAAGUUAAUUUUCCGAUGGCUAUGGUUGCUUUUGGUCUAUAAUGUGAUUUGACGGUUCAGCAUUCUCGUGAUUGGCUGUAAAAGCUUUUCUGCUGUUUUCAUAAAGCCAACCUUCAUGGUAGGAUUAUCAACAGAAAAUAAAUGUUCUAUGUACGUUACAGGACAUGAGUGACUGCUAUUUAUUGUACUUUGUCAUUGUCCUGUUUAUUUAAAAAUAUUAUUCUCUGGGUAGACUAACAGGGGAUGAA